AUGUCUGAAACCAGCAUUAACCAUGAUGAAGUGGAUAUUGUGAUUGGUGCCCUUCAGUUAGAUCUUACAUCAUUCAUGGAAGAGUGGAGACCAGUGUUCUCCCAAUUCCAUCUAAUAAUCGUCCAAGAUCCUGACCUAAAAGGAAAACUUGAGAUACCAGCAGGAUUUAACUUUGAUCUCUAUACCAAGUCUGAUAUAGAUGGUGUUCUGGGCUCGUCAUCAAAUGCUAUAUCUUUUUCUGGCUACUCUUGCCGGUACUUUGGCUAUCUUAUGUCCCAAAAGAAAUACAUUAUUGCUAUUGAUGAUGAUUGCAUCCCAGCUAAAGAUAGUACUGGGAAUUUUGUUGAUGCUGUUGCUCAGCAUAUGACCAACCUUUCAACCCCAGCUACACCUUUUUUCUUCAAUACACUCUACGACCCUUUCUGCGAGGGGGCUGAUUUUGUUCGUGGCUACCCAUUUAGCUUGAGAAGUGGUGUCGAUUGUGGUCUGUCAUGUGGGCUGUGGCUGAAUUUAGCCGAUCUUGAUGCGCCUACACAGGCCCUCAAGCCGGAGCUAAGAAACAAUAGGUAUGUUGAUACUGUACUUACAGUACCAGCAAGGACCAUGAUGCCUGUGAGUGGGAUCAACAUAGGUUUCAACCGUGAGUUGGUGGGGCCUGCUUUACUACCGGCUUUUAGGCUGGCAAAGGAAGGAAACCUAAGGUGGGAAACAGUGGAAGACAUAUGGACAGGGAUGUGUGUUAAGGUUGUCUGUGAUCAUCUGAGGCUUGGUGUGAAGAGUGGGCUUCCAUACGUGUGGCGAAAGGAAAGAGGCAAUGCGAUUGAGAGUCUGAAGAAAGAGUGGGAAGGGGUCAAGUUGAUGGAGGACGUCGUUCCUUUCUUUCAAUCAUUGAGGUUGUCUACAUCGGCAGCUACUGCAGAGGAUUGUGUCUCUGAGAUUGCUGCAGCAGUGAAAGUGCAACUGGCACCGGCAAAUCCUAUUUUUGCUCGUGCUGCUGAAAAUAUGGUAGAGUUGGUCAAGCUUUGGAAGCGAGCACGAACUCAGUAA